GUGAUCUGCUGAGGGCAAAGUCUUACUAAAUACAACGAAGGUGCUGGGUGUUUUUCGAUAACCCAGAUUCUGCAGGCAGAAUGAGAGGACGGAGCGGCUGAACGGUGCCAGCAGCUGUGAGACUGCGCCGCCACUGUGCGGCUCUCUGUCCCAUCAACUUGAGCUCGCUGCUGCCAGCAACACCAGUCGGUCACGGUGGUCCAGACACGGACACGUCAGGACGCUUUUCGGGACUUUCACGUACGAAGAUAUGGGGACUGACUGAAAACACCACCGCGUCCUUCCUCGGCAGCAUCCCGCUGAAGUAACCGAAAGGCGGACACCAUGAACUACGUGGGACAGCUGGCGGGUCAGGUCUUAGUAACUGUCAAAGAGCUGUACAAGGGCAUUAAUCAGGCCACACUGUCAGGCUGUAUUGAUGUUGUGGUUGUCCGCCAGAGAGAUGGCACCUACCAGUGCUCACCAUUUCAUGUGCGCUUUGGAAAGCUGGGUGUACUGCGCUCUAAAGAGAAAGUGAUCGACAUCGAGGUGAAUGGAGAGCCCGUAGACCUGCAUAUGAAGCUUGGUGACAAUGGAGAGGCCUUUUUUGUCCAGGAAGCUGAGCAACUCAAUCAGAUUGUCCCUGCCCACCUGGCCACCUCUCCAAUUCCCACUGAGAGUCAUCUGUUCUGGAUCUCAGAAGUGGAGCACAGGGCACCAAAAGAUCUGGAAGAUGACCCUGUUGACCCAGAGGACCCACCGGAGCCUCCUGCUCCCAGCACCCAGGCCACAAAAAAGAAGAAACGGCGCAGAAAGAAGCACAAAGGGGACCCUCGAAGAGAGGAACUGACCCCACCGAUGUCAGUCACUACUGCUAAUGCCGUUGCUGCUAACACACCCGCUGCUACAACUGCUGCUAUGUCCAGCACUGGGCAAAAUGAAGAGAUCUUUGAGAUGGACAUGAGCUCUGAUGAGGAAGCUGCAGCACAUGUCUCAAGGUCACCUUCAGUGACCACAAUGCGUGACAUUGACCCUAAAUUACCCGCAGCCAGACACAGCCUUGAUGGUUAUCCAAUGUCUGAUGGGGACUGGCCAGCAAAUGACAGUCAUGGGUUGUCUCAGGCCUUCUCCCCAAAGAGUGACUCGGAACUGGUGAUGAGACCUUCAGAGAGCUUGCUCAGAGCUGAGUCCCACAUGCAGUGGACCUGGGGAGAGUUUCCAGAAACAACCAGGAUCACCAAGAAAGAGAAACCAGAACUACUAAAGACAGUGACCAUCACCCCAUCAGAGAGCACACACUUUCGCGUCAUCCUCAGCUCUGAGGCCAUGGAGAAUGAAACGGAGAUUGAAAAGGAAGAAGGGGCCUCCUCCUCAGUGUGUACCAUUGUGAAGCCCAAGCCACGCACUGUUAUUACCACUGUAACGCCGGUCAAUCCACUGUCACCUGUCAGCACUAUGACCUCCGUGAGUCCUGUCACUCCCCCAGAACCUCUGGAUGUUCUGCCACCCAAUGUGACGACAUCUACCCCCUCCAACAGCCAACAGAGUGAUUCACCCUCAAAGAAGAAGGGUGUCCCAAAGAGGAGCCAGCAUCAGGGUCCUGAGGAUAUCUAUCUAGAUGACCUGAAUGUACUUGAACCUGAUGUUGCUGCACGAUAUUUUCCCAAGAGUGAAUCUGAGGCGGCGACUAAACACUGGAUGGACUCAGAGAUGCGCUCCGGCUCACAGUCUCCACAGUCAGUGGGUAGUGCUGCAGCUGACAGCGGGACAGAGUGUCUGUCUGACUCAGCCAGUGACCUCCCUGACGUCACCCUGUCUCUGUGUGGAGGCCUCACAGAAAAUGCUGAAAUAUCCAAAGAAAGGUUCAUGGAGCAUAUCAUCACCUAUCAUGAAUUUGCUGAAAAUCCAGCAAUUAUAGAUAACCCCAACCUGGUAGUAAAGAUAGGAAAUAGAUAUUAUAACUGGACACUAGCUGCACCCUUGAUUCUAAGUCUGCAAGCAUUUCAGAAGAAUUUACCAAAGGCUACAGAGGAAGCUUGGGUGAAGGAGAAAAUGCCAAAGAAGUCAGGCCGCUGGUGGUUCUGGCGAAAGAGGGCGGAUAGCACAAUCAAGCAGUCGGAGACGAAGCUUGAAACCAAGGAGGAGUCUCAUUUGGAAGAGGAAGGGCCCUCCAUGUCUCAGGAGACGCUGGCCUUACCGCCUAAAGUAGGAGAUUCAUCCAGUGAUGAAGAGUCCAAGGAGGUGAGUGCUGCAUCCUGUCAAGAAAGAUUGCAUCCAGGAGAUGGCCAGCACCAUCCCAGCCCCCACACUUACAGAAAGUCACUACGCCUGUCCUCUGAUCAAAUUGCCAGUCUAAAAUUGAAGGAGGGACCAAAUGAUGUGACGUUUAGCAUCACUACCCAAUACCAGGGGACAUGCCGCUGUGAGGGCACCAUCUACCUGUGGAACUGGGAUGACAAAGUCAUUAUCUCUGACAUUGAUGGCACCAUCACCAAAUCAGAUGUAUUUGGACAGAUUCUUCCACAGUUGGGGAAGGACUGGACCCACCAGGGCAUUGCCAAGCUCUACCACUCAGUAGCUGAGAAUGGCUACAAGUUCCUGUACUGCUCAGCUCGGGCUAUUGGCAUGGCAGACAUGACAAGAGGUUAUCUGCAGUGGGUCAAUGAUGGAGGCACCAUCCUGCCCCGUGGACCUCUCAUGCUCUCUCCCAGCAGCCUCUUUUCUGCUUUCCACAGGGAGGUCAUUGAGAAGAAACCAGAGAUCUUCAAGAUUGAAUGCCUUACAGACAUCAAGAACCUGUUCCAGCAUAACAAGCAGCCAUUCUACGCCGCCUUUGGGAAUAGAGCUAAUGAUGUGUUUGCCUACAAGGAGGUCGGUGUUCCAGUGUGUAGGAUCUUCACAGUUAACCCCAAAGGAGAGCUGAUCCAGGAGCAGACCAAGGGCAACAAGUCAUCUUAUGGCAGACUCAGUGAGCUGGUUGAGCAUGUGUUCCCUUUGUUGAGUAAGGAGCAGAACGAGGCCUUUGUAAUGCCAGAGUACAGCUCUUUCUGUUACUGGAGACAGCCGAUACCUGCCAUCAACCCAGAUGAACUGCUCUGAUCUUGCACUUAUGGAUACACAGGUAUAUGUGUACUUGUGACUGAACUGUGCACUUGGUUGCAUCUCCUGAACACACAUGGACUGGAACCCAGAUUUCCCUCCAUAGUACUCAGACACACAUGACUCUUUAGUUCGUGUGACACAGUAACAGGGUUAUGACUAUAAAUGCAUUAAGCUGGUAACAUGUAUUUUCCUAUUAGAGAUGAGAGGAGAUUAUUACUGUUAGAGUAAAAUCCAGAUGAUUAUGCCCUAAAAGGUUUAUCCCUGGGAGACAAGAGACUAAUCACUAACUCAUGCCUGCCUGUGAAAGCAUUCUGCCCAGUCACUACUCUGUCAUCCACGUCACUAUGCAGGAAUGGUGAUUGACAACCCAUCUGGUCUCUGUAAAUCUCUAACUUCUAGGUCUGUAUUAGCCUUAAGGGGUGCAACAGAAGCCCCACAUGAGGCACUACAGUCUGAGCAGUGCGGAACAAAACAUUACCUGACACCCUGUAGAAGUGAAAUGUAAUUUUCAAAAUUUAAAAAAAAAAGAAAAAAAACACACUGCUAAGUAAAACAGCACAUGCAGUCAACACCAGGCAGCAGUUAUGUGCUGGUCAUAUGUGCUGUGGCUGCUAAGUUUUCCUAGAUGAACGUAUCCAGCCUGUAAUUGGAGGCUUUAUUCUGGUGAAAAUAGUAAACCAGUCAUAGUGGCUGGGAAAUAACAGAUUAUACUGACCGAAUUUAGUAACCCACUGUAGGAGCGCUACAGUUGGUGUUCGGUUUUCCUGACACUGCUGACUCCUGACUGACUGUGGUCAUUAGUUCACUGUUGGCGGAACAGAUUUCACUUGACCACGUUUUCCCCCCGGAGAGGUUACGGCCUUCCUACUCAAUGAGUCACGGUGGGUAUUGUUAAUAUUCAAGGUCAUACCAGGGAUAUUCUUUUGCCAAGUAUGCGAAGAUGCACAGUUAGUUGUGACUUAAAAACAAAUGAAGCAGCUUCAUGGUAUAUUGUCUUGCUGUUAUUUAAAAAUGUUUUUUUUGUUCUACAAGCUCUGGCAAAUCAAGUGUGUUUUGUUAACGAUGCACUCAUUAUUUAUGAUAAUUGAUAUGUUUAAGUUAUUGAUUUCUAUCGUGAUGCCUUUGCUUGUCUAAAAAAAAGUAAUUUAUCACCGAUGCAAUGUGGAAAUACUUCAAAUUUUGUAUGUUUGGUCACAGAUUAACACGCACUUAACAGUAACUACCAAGCCUCGUGCAAUCUUUCUUUAGUCACGUCUCCCACAACAACCUGUAUUCCGUGUUUAACAGUAAACCUUUAACACGUGAGGCACAUAGACAUUCCUGAGCAAACCUCAGAAUCCGCAGCUUUAGUAUUAAGAUAUGCGUGUAAAUGUAAGAGAUAACGCUUGAGUUGGAACAGUGGAAAGAAGCAGAUCUGAAAAGAGCUUAAAAUGAAGGAUUUUCGUUUGCGAGGUCCUCUGUAGGAUGACUGUGGGAUGAUGUAAAUGUGUGUGUGUGUGUGUGUGUGUGCAUACCUAAUCACUGAGUGCUGCUGCUGGUGGGGUGACAGUAUCGUGCACCCCUUGCUUAUGUUCCCUCAGUGGCUUUACCAAGACUUAUCCAAGGCACUUUGUCUAAGCUGCACCCAGAGACGCAGACUUACAACUCAGCACACCUCUCGCCCACAUGCACUUCACUGACGGUCUAAAUAGACUGUAGACCGAAGUAUGCAAUUAUUGCAGGAUGGAGAGUUUUUCCUCUUUGACAAUUCAGUUAUUCUGAACAAUGUUGAUGUAAGUAAUGGUUGAAAGGUGGGUUUUAUUUGUUGUUUGUAAAGAGUAGGAAUGAAAAACGAAAUGAAGUUUAUUUGGCCCACUGAAAAGACGUGAAGUAUCACAGCCUCUCCUUAGCCUCAAUGUGCGUGCGUGUGCGUGUGUGUGCGUGUGUGUGUAUGUGUGUGUGUGUGUGUGUGCGUGUGUGUGUGUGUGUGUGUGUGUGUCAGAAAGAAAAGACUGAUCUGAGGCCUCUGGUGUCCGGAGGAAGAGAAAUUUGGAAACUUUGUUUGGAUAUAAACAGGAAAUACUUGACUCUGUAGAGGAAGCCUUUUAAAGCACUUCCUUGGCAUAAUGUGUGUAUGAUUUAGGAGAUGACAUGAAUCAUACCUCCAAAACGAGUGUACCAGGAACAUGAUAUGUGCUAGUGAGGACUAAAAGUGCAGGAGCAAACACCAUUUCAUUAAAAAAAAAAAGCACAAUUUAUGAUGACAGCUACAUCCAGACUGUCGCUAUUAGUUGUCAUUAUUUCACAAGUGUUUGUGCGUUUGCUCUGUCGCUCCAUUGUUUUGUGAUGAUUAAGACGUGUGUCUUGUUCUGAUUCGUUUGCUUGUUCUCUCCGAAGUUUGGUGAAGUCAAAUAGAUCUAUCUUAUAAUUAGCAAAAGGAAUUCCAUUCUUUCUAUGAAAGUAAAGCAUCUUGUGUGAAAGAAUCACACUUCAUCCUCUAUGAUCCUGGGAUAUGUGGUCUUUAUUGUUUGUUCUCACUCAAGUGCUGUGGAAAAUUAUCUGGUAUAUAUGCUGAUCAUCAUAUUCUUCUGUCUUGAUGCCUUUUUGUUUUUAUUAUUACUUCUAAAGUGUAUGGUAUUUUUGUGAGACUACGUUUCGUUUUGUUUGGAUGUAACGCUUGCGAUUUGAUUGUGUCUGACCAACAGAAAUACCUUAAAUGUAUGCUGUGUUUGAUUUGUAUAGAAAUGUGUUGAAAGUAUGUUUAAAGAACAAAGUCCGUUGUAAGAAGAAAAAAAGCAGGCCUAAUGAAGCUAACACUGUGGCUCGUGGUCGUAUUUGUAUCAAAUAAAGUUUCUAACUGAA